CCAAAUACAGAUAAAUCAUUAACAAAGGACGUUAGCUCUUCCAACAAGCCAGCAUAUCUCAUAGUUCAUAGUACUGGAGAGAAACCUCUGUCUAAAUGCUCUCCCUUUCUGAUUCAGAAAUUAUUCGAAUCAACCAUUGGACAUCUCAAGAAAAUACAAAAAUUGAGAUUAGGGGAUUUACUCAUAGAAACAGCCUCUCCUCAACAGUCGACAAAACUCCUGACAACAAAGACACUGGGAGACAUGCAAGUGACUGUUACACCACACGGAAUCUUAAACUCAUCUCGUGGUGUGAUAUCGGAAAUUGAUCUGAUGUCUGAAGAAGAGACAGAUAUUCAGAUUGGCCUGUCAGACCAAGGUGUGACUGCCGUUCGACAUAUCUCCAUUUGUCAAGAUGGCAAGUUGAUUUCAACCAAACAUCUUAUCCUCACAUUUAACAAGCCGAUAUUACCAACUUCCAUUACUGCAGGAUACCUGCGCUGUCCAGUUAGUCCGUACAUUCCAAAUCUGCUGCGUUGUUUUACAUGCCAGAGAUUUGGACAUUCUCAAACAUCCUGUCGAGGGAAGAACAUAUGCGCACAGUCUCAUAAGGAACUCUUUACCCUGCCCCGCCUAUUGGCACUACAGGGUUUAAAGAGACUAUGCCUUGUUCAUUGACUGGUCGGUACCUGACGUGGUAGACAGGGACGUCAUAGCUGGGCCCUAUGAUGCAUCAUUCGGACUCCCGUCCGCACCCCGGCCCAACUCACUAACUUGGCAUAACUUUUGUUUGUGCAGCCUGUACUGCACUUUUGGUCCACAUAACUAAACCUUUAAUAGCUCACACAAUAAUGUAGGAAACACAGACAGUACCUACAUGUAGUAGGUAUACGGACAGCGGGGCCCUGACUCCAGAUGGAGGGGGCCCAAAAAGCCAAUUAUAACUUAUAGAUCAAGAAGAUCUAUGAUUUCUCCCAUUAAUUCCUUUAGUUUCUUUAGGUUCCCUUUACUAGCUGCAAGCGUUCGAAGUACUUGUUCAGGGGGCUUAGACCAGUCAACUUGGUCUGCCCCUAGGCGGAAGUCCCUUGUUAGGGGACAGUCAAGUACGUAAUGCCUCGCGUCGCCGCGAGGACUACCACAGGGGCAGCUACCAUCUCCUUGUCCAAAUUUGGACUUGAAGUGGGGGAACCUCCCGUGGCCAGUGAGGAUUUGAGUCGACAACGAGCAACAACUUAUCGGAGUGAGGCCAACUACAGGCACGAAGGCGUAGGUUGACCUACCUACUGUACUAAGAGUCCAGCGUUCUCGCCAGCUUAUCAUCGAUCGUUGCAGUAAGGUACCUUUUAUGUAUGUAGUCGAGGGAUCUACCGUCCUCGUAACAAAUGGGCCACUGGCUCCCGCCU